ACCCAGUAAAUCAACGUUUAAUUAGCUCUCCUCUUCAUCGCCCGAGCACGCGAAACUCCAGACAUGCCUUUGUCAGCAAUAUUCAGGUCGCUACAGAGCAAUCAACCAGAUGCCUACCAGGCCAUGAAGGGGGGCCUAGGCCUUCGGCUGUGGGAAAUUGUCGCGAAUUAUUGGGAUUUGGGGUUUACUUCUUUCGGUGGCCCUCCAGUGCAUUUUCAGAUCCUGCGCAAGAGGUUUGUGGAUGCCGAGAAUGGGAGGAUUCCUUGGAUCGAUGAUCAAACCUACCAAGAGCUGUUUGCCAUCUGCCAGGCACUCCCCGGACCGGCGAGCACAAAAUUUGCCUUUUGUAUCGCUUUGAUACACGCUGGGUUUAUUCCAGCUUUCCUCGCAUUCCUUAUCUGGAGUCUUCCGGGUGCAAUUGGGAUGUUUGCUCUGGCGCUCGGGGUUGAGAGAAUAGGCGAGGUCCUUCCUGACCCAGUUUAUGGCUUGCUCUCUGGUCUCAAUGCCAGCACCGUCGGCAUUAUCGCUCUGGCGGCCGUCCAACUCGCCGAGAAAGCUAUCACAGAUCCUCUCACUCGUAUGCUUGUCAUACUAGGAGCUUGUGCUGGGCUUCCAUAUAACGCACUAUGGUACUUUCCGCUACUGAUGGCCAUCGGAGGUAUAAUCACAAUCUUCUGGGACCUUUGGGGACGUGCCAAGUUUGGCCGUAUGAGGGCUCGGUUUAGCCGGAAAAACAGGAACGAGCAAAGGGAGGCCGAGGAGUCUAUUGCGUCCGGUGCUGUCCCGCUGGAAAACAGAAACCCUGCUCGGGAUGGAGGUCUGCAGAGGCGGGCAGCUGGCCGUGCUGAGGCAAGCGGGGCAACAGCUUCUCCAGCGCCGGGAGACUCGGAGAACGAGAUCACAGCCGAGGCUGAAGCGACUCCACAACCUCAGGGAAUUGACACCGUUUCCCAUGCUAUCCCGGUGAAGGUCGGGAUUUUGAUUAUCAUCGGAUUUUUCGCCUCCUUUAUUGCUCUGAUGAGUGUCCGUGGACUCGACAACACUCCAUUGGAGUUCGACCUGUUUGCGAAUAUGUAUCUUGCCGGAACCAUCAUAUUUGGUGGAGGGCCAGUCGUUAUCCCCCUUCUCCGUGAAUAUGUCGUUGAGCCCGGAUGGGUUUCAUCCCGUGACUUCCUUCUUGGCCUUGCCAUCAUCCAAGCUUUCCCCGGACCAAACUUCAAUUUUGCGGUGUAUCUCGGAGCCCUUGCACUUAAUCGUGGUUCGUCUUCUGUUCUUGGCGCUUUCUUAGGGUUUCUAGGAAUCUUCUUUCCUGGAAUUACACUCUCCAUCGGCGUCCAAUCGAUUUGGCGGGUCCUACGAACAAAGCCGGCCGUUGUCUCGUUGCUCCGCGGUGUGAAUGCUACAGCUGUGGGCCUCGUCUUCACCGCGGUGUAUAGACUUUGGCAAAUCGGAUAUUUGCAAGGCGGCCAAGAUGGAAGUGGGAGCCUAGGAUUAGAGCCCUGGUGGGUCGUGGUAGCAGCCGUAACUUAUUCAAGUGUCCAAUGGUGGAAUGUACCGCCGCCAGUCGCAAUUCUUGGAGGCGCUGUCGGGGGAAUCGCCUGGUGGGGCGUUGUGGAGUAGAUAUAAGUUAGCAAGUCGAUGUAAAAUGACAGGUUGUAGUGUAAGAAUGCGAAGUAUGCCAACAUGCAACUCUUUGAAUAAA